AAUACGAAGUUUCGAUGACCGCAAAUGACGAUUUGUAUUGAAAAGCGAUUCUUCAACCUGAAUCGGCUACUUCUGCUUCCUUUCGGCUUGUGGCCUGGCAAGAAAACAAAAUUCACUCUUUUACAGGGGACGUUACUUUGCAGUUUUCUGAUGAGCAGCAUUGCAUUUCUGCUCUCAAGACUUUUCAUUGCAGAAUGUAGCUUUGACUUUGUUGUCAGAAUUUUCUCCUCUACGACAUUUUAUGUCAUGCUCGCGAUUCCGUCUAUCUCAUUUUGGAUUAACAGGAGAAAUAUCAAAUAUUUAUUGGACCAAGUACAAUACAUCUACGACCGGCUAAAAGAUAGAAACGAAAUUGCUAUUUAUGACAAAUACGGGUACAUUGCAAAACAUAUUACGAUUAUAGUGACAGUACUUCUUGCAUGCGGCUUAUGCUUUUCUUUUGUUAUCCUAUACUGGCCGUAUGUACUUGAUGCCGUUAUGCCAAAAAAUGAAUCUUACGCACUUCGCACGAUGGAAAUUGUGACCAAGUACUUCAAGGUCUCAGAGAAGUAUUAUGUUUUAGUUCUUGUGCACUUGAACAUGGCCUGUUCUGUAGGGUUGAUCACACUGAUAGCAACGGGAACAAUGAUGAUGUCGUAUUUCAAGCAUGCGUGCGGAAUGUUUGAGAUUGCCAGUUAUCGUAUUGAACAAGCAAUGGCAAUCGAGUUGUUACACAUCUUUGACAUGAAGAAUGAAAUUAUAAUUUACCGGAAGAUAAUCUGUGCCGUGGACAUACAUCGUAAAGCUAUGGAGUUCGCUAAAUGUUUUGUAACUAGUAUUGAAGGAUCAUUUUUCGUUCUGGUAAUAACAACAGUGCUUUGCAUGAGUUUCAAUCUUUUUCGAGUAUUUCAAAUUGAGUUACCUAUGGAGAAGAUGGAGGAGGUUUUAUUACACCUUUUGUCUGUAAUGCUCAUUCUGCUAAUCAUGUUCUUAGCCAAUAACACUGGACAAGAAAUUAUAGAUCAUAGUAAUAACGUGUAUGUAAUUACAUAUAACAUUUCAUGGUAUUUAGCACCGAUACGCAUACAAAAAUUGAUACUAUUUCUAUUACAAAGAAGCAAUAAAAUUUUCACCCUGAGUAUCGGUGGAUUAUUUACGAUAUCAUUAGAAUGUUUCGCCACACUGGUUAGUGCAUCAAUGUCCUACUUCACCUUCAUGUACUCCAUGCAGUAAUAACGAGUACAUAUUUUGUCUGAUAGUAUAUUAGAAUACAGUAGUAAGCAGAGAAAUAUUGUAUUAGUUGAAAUAUUUGUAGAAUCACUAACAGAACUGACGAAAGUAAGGUAUUUCUCAUGCUUAAACAUAUGGGACAUUACUUAAAUGAAGUUUACAUAACGUAAGUAACGUGUCAUUAACAGCCAAACUUGUAAGUUCUCGCACUGUUUAAAUGAGUGAGCAGCAAUUUUGCAAUUAUUCAUAGAUGUUGAUAAUAAAUAUUUGUGUGAUCUAUGCAUGUAAGAAACAAUAAGAUAUCAAGGAUUGAUAAAGAAAAUGAUAAUUUGUAUAAUAAAAACUUGAACGUAUUUGAGGAUACUGGCUGCAACAAUAUUGCUAUUAAGACAAGAUUAAAUAAGAAACUUUUGUUACGUUAGUAACAACAAAGAUUUAUUCAAGAAAAUGUAAGGCACCACACAAAGAGGCCAGCAUUUUAACAUGCGUGAUCGAUCAAUGGUAUAUGUUCAAACAAAAACUGAAGGCAUUUUAUUUGAUCAGAGAGAGAAAGAACGCAUUAAAAUUUAACACAUAUUACUGGAAUAAAAGAAAUAAAAAGCAGUGAGUUACACUAGCAUCCUAUUAAAAGUUUGUCUCAUAAAUGUUUUUUCAUAGCAAAUAAACAUCUAUAGAAUUCUUUUCGUUAUCAAA